UUCGCAUGCAGCGCUCACUCAGUCAGGCAGUCAGCGUCUGUGUGGACAGAAGCACGCGUUUGGACAGCCGGAGCGUGGUCAGUUCAGUCCAGACCUGUCAGUGGAGCAUCAUAAAGGGAUUAACUUUCAGUAGCAUGCUUCUCUCCGAGAUGAAGACAGAGGAUCAUGCCCCGUAGAUAGCAGACUCUGCUUCUUCGCCUUUCUGGCCCCGGCUUCGGCCCCUCCAGCCUGGAGAGGAUGCCUCCCCGGAAGCGCACGCGGCCCGCCCUGGGCUUCCUGUGCUGCUUCGGCAGCAGCGAGCCCCCCGAGAUUAACCUGAAGGACAGCGUCCCACUGCAGCUGCUGGAGUUCAGUGCCCCCAUGCCCCCAGAGGAAGAACUGCAUGCCCGCUUCUCUGAACUGGUGGAUGAACUGGACCUCACAGACAAGAACAGGGAGGCCAUGUUUGCCCUGCCUGCUGAGAAGAAAUGGCAGAUCUACUGCAGCAAGAAGAAGGAACAAGAGGAUCCCAACAAGCUCGCCACCAGCUGGCCCGACUACUAUAUAGACCGCAUCAACUCCAUGGCUGCUAUGCAGACACUUUUCGCCUUUGAUGAGGAGGAGAUGGAGAUGAGGAAUAAAGUGGUGGAGGACUUGAAAACGGCACUCCGCACUCAACCCAUGAGGUUUGUGACACGCUUCAUUGAGCUGGAUGGCCUGACGUGUCUGCUGAACUUCCUGAAGAGCAUGGACUAUGAGACUUCAGAGAGCCGCAUUCACACCUCAAUCAUUGGCUGCAUCAAAGCACUGAUGAACAACUCUCAGGGCCGGGCACAUGUGCUGGCCCACCCGCAGAGCAUCAACACCAUUUCCCAGAGCUUACGCCAGGACAACAUCAAGACCAAGGUGGCUGUGCUGGAGAUCCUGGGUGCUGUGUGCCUGGUGCCCGACGGCCAUAAGAAAGUACUCCAGGCAAUGGCCCACUACCAGAAAUAUGCAGCCGAAAGGACACGCUUCCAGACUCUUCUGAAUGAGCUGGACAGGAGCACAGGUCGCUAUAGAGAUGAGGUCAACCUGAAGACUGCUAUCAUGUCCUUCAUCAACGCUGUGCUAAACGCAGGAGCGGGAGAGGACAACCUUGAGUUUCGCCUUCAUCUAAGGUACGAAUUCCUAAUGUUGGGGAUCCAGCCAGUCAUCGACAAGCUCAGAGGUCAUGAGAACGCAACUCUUGACAGACAUUUGGACUUCUUUGAGAUGGUGCGGAAUGAGGAUGACUGUGAACUGGCGAAACGCUUCGACAUAACGCACGUGGACACAAAGAGUGCCAGCCAGAUGUUUGAGCUGAUCAAGAAGAAGCUGAGCCACACAGAUGCCUACCCUCACCUUCUGUCUAUUCUCCAGCACUGCCUCCAGAUGCCAUACAAACGUGGAGCAGGCGGCAUUCAGCAGUGGCAGCUUCUAGACCGCAUCCUUCAGCAGAUUGUUCUUCAAGAUGACAAAGGGGAAGACCCAGAUGUUUCUCCCUUGGACAAUUUCAAUGUCAAGAACAUUAUUCGAAUCUAUGGAAAGCAACGCUUGUCCAGGCUUGUCAAUGAGAACGAGGUGAAACAGUGGCGAGACCAGGCAGAGAAGUUUCGGAAAGAUCAUGCAGAGCUCAUGGCACGGCUCGAGAGGAAGGAGCGGGAGUGUGACACCAAAACACAAGAGAAAGAGGAAAUGAUGAAGACUCUAAACAAGAUGAAGGAUAAGCUGCAGAGGGAAGGAGUGGAGCUGCGCUCUGCCAGAGAGCAGGUUAUAGACCUGUCCUCUCGGAUCACCGACUUCUCCAAUGGAAGUGUUUCAUUUCCUCCACCACCUCCUCCACCUGGAGGCCCAAUGGCUCCUCCACCGCCACCCAUGAUGGGAGGCUUUCCUCCACCUCCUCCUCCACUGCCCUUUUCUAGCCCGCCCCCACCUCCACCACCACCUCCCCCUGGUGGCCCUCCUCCUCCUCCUGGAGCACCCCCCAUCUUCACUGGAGCUCCACCUCCACCAGGGCCGGCCUCCUUCAGCAGCAGCAGCAGCACCAGCCUGCGUACCAAGAGCAUCCCACAGCCAUCACACCCACUCAAGUCCUUCAAUUGGGCCAAACUGGGCGAGAACAAGAUCACUGGUACCAUUUGGCAUGACAUUGAUGACCUGAGGGCCUUCAAAGUUCUCGACCUGAAGGAAAUUGAGAAGAUGUUCUCAGCUUAUCAGAGGCAACAAGAGCUGCUCACUAACCAAUCCUUCAAGCAGAAGGAGAUGGGUUCCAUGGACGACUUGUACCUGACUUCGCGGAAAGUAAAGGAGCUGUCAGUCAUCGAUGGGCGGCGGGCACAGAACUGCGUUAUUUUGCUCUCCAAGUUGAAAAUGAGCAAUGAGGAGAUCAAGAGAGCCAUUCUGGAAAUGGAUGAGAGAGAGGAGCUGGCUAAAGAUAUGUUAGAGCAGCUGCUUAAAUUUGUGCCUGAGAAGAGCGACAUUGACCUCCUGGAGGAGCACAAGCAUGAGUUGGAGCGCAUGGCCCGGGCUGACCGCUUCCUCUUUGAGAUGAGCAGGAUUGACCACUACCAGCAAAGGCUCCAGUCUCUCUUCUUCAAAAAGAAGUUUGCAGAACGACUCGCAGAAACGAAGCCAAAGGUUGAGGCCAUUCUCCACGCGUCUCGUGAGGUGAUAAGGAGUAAGCACCUGACUCAGAUUCUGGAGGUGGUUCUGGCCUUUGGGAACUUCUUGAAUAAAGGACAGAGGGGGAAUGCUUAUGGUUUUAAGGUGUCCAGUCUGAACAAGAUCGCAGACACCAAAUCAAGCAUAGACAGGAACAUCACCAUGUUGCACUACCUGAUCAUGAUCUUUGAGAAGAACUAUCCCGAAACCCUCAACGUCCAGCAGGAUCUGCUUACCGUACCAGAGGCAGCCAAAGUCAAUCUGGCUGAACUGGAGAAGGAAGUGUACAGCAUAAAGAGUGGACUGAAAGCUCUGGAGGCAGAGCUGCAGUACCAGCAGAGCCGGGUACGGGACAGAGGGGAUAAGUUUGUGCCCGUGGUCAGCGACUUCAUUACAGUGGCCAGUUUUAGCUUCUCCGAGCUGGAAGAUCAGCUGAACGAGGCUAAGGAAAAGUUUGUGAAGUCUCUGAAGCACUUCGGAGAGGAGCAGGGACGCAUGCAGCCAGAUGAAUUCUUUGGGAUUUUUGACACCUUCCUGCAGUCGUUCAAUGAGGCUCGGCAGGACCUGGAGAACAUGCAGCGUCGUAAAGAGGAGGAAGAGAGGAGAGCACGCAUGGAGGCCAUGUUGAAGGAGCAGAGGGAGCGAGAGAAAAGGGCCAAAAAGAGUGGAGGAAGUGUGUCGGAAGAAGUGGGCGAGUUUGAUGACCUGGUGUCGGCCUUACGCUCGGGAGAAGUGUUUGAUAAGGACCUCUCGAAGCUCAAACGCAACCGCAAGCGCUCAGUCAACCAGCUGGUGGAAAGCGGAGGGCGUGAAAGGCCAAUCACUAAGGUCAACUAUUGACCCCUGUGAAAGUUUGGUUCACAGACUCAGAUACUGUACCUGAAGGAAAUUCCUAACUGCCGGAUGUCUCCCUCUUCACCCACAUCUUGUCCUAACCCAUAAUGACUCACAAGCUAAAGACUUAUUGACCACUGUUGGAUAGUCCUCUAUGUGCCAGAAAUUCCUACAGCACUGUGUUCAAUACACUUUCUUUAAUCUCAUGCUUAUUCUAAAUCCUACAUGGUCUUCCUCCUCUGCAUGUAUAAUGAUUCGUUCCUCCAGACCAACUCCAGAUGUAGCCUCAAACUGCCGAGUACCCGAAUCCACAACUUUGGGUCCAGUCUUAGCCAUUCACAAUGCACAAUUUCCCCAAGAUGGUUAAGAUCAGCCAGAGGAGAACUACUAUGGCAGGUCGGGAGCUGGUGCCAUCACCAGUAGCACAUGAUUGGAAUUGGGUUAGUCUUAUUGUGGUUGCAAAAAAAUUGACAGAAUGUGGGAGGAUUCUUUGAAACACCUCUGGAAAACUUCUCAUGUUGAAAGACACUGCCAGCCUUGGGUGCUGAUACCCUGUGUGCCUCUCUCUCCACCUAUAUUUCUCUGGUGCUUUGAUAAAGAGGAUUAUAGAGGUCCUCUCUACCAUAAGUAUAUGUGAGAACUACAAGCCAGAGAGAGAGAAAAAAAACAUCUCAGCAGUUUUGCAAUAACCGAGCUGAACGAUGGAUCCAACUGUAACGCAGCUGAAACUUCAUUAACCUUAUAUAAUACGGAGACAAGGGCAAGGAGGAGAACCUUUAAACGUUGGGCUGGCCAGCUAGGAAAACAGGACACUGUGGUCACAGCCAUUGUAGGCUGGGAUACCCCCUUCCCAAGUGCCUCCUCAAAAAGACGGCAUUCUCAAGGACUGCAUGCAAGUUGGAAGGCCGAAAAAGCACAGCACUUAAUGUGGAAAGACUGAAGAGUGAACAACUGAAAUGCUCUGAGACAGAAUGAUGCUGGAGGCAUGUGUCAAAGUUCAUUUCCACCUACAGAUCUUCUCUGCCUGUUGAUACAAAUUCAAAUCACUUGUGAUGGCAUUGCCUAGUGCCAAAGUAAUUAUGUAGUAAAUGCAGGUAGAAUAGCAUUUAUAUAUUUAUUUAUACAAAGAAGCAAACGUGCUAACUUCAAAACCCUUUUUCCCCAUAUCUUUUCUAGUUUGCACCUCUAAUACUGGUAUUCCUAUGAAGUUGUUUCAUUUGAUAAAUAUUUGGCUCAUGCAUAAAAGAAUAAGCCUGUGAUUUGAAUCGAUGAUUAGCCAAUCCAUGCAAAUCUACCAAACUUCUGAUGACAAUUCAAGAGGCAGGGUUGCAUUCAGUCCCAGCACUGCCUUGGGUCAAAACAACUUACUGUGCCACUGCAAAUAUUUGUUCAUUACUCUUUUAUGGAUCAGCUUUGGGUCAUGGGUACUUAAGAGUUUUAUAUAAAGAGAAGAUGUAUGCAGAUUGUGUUAGUAGUUGUACAAUCUGUGUGAGCAUCUGUUUGCAUCCUCAGAGUGAUGAUUCCCUUGAAACCAAUCAAUGAGCUCAAGCUCCACAUGAUGCAACCCACUUAUUUUCCAUAUAUUUUUGUUUAUAUUGUUUCUCAUUACAUGUAUAUUAAGCGUUGUAGAAGUAAGUAAGACAAAGGUUGCAAAUGCAUGGACAGUGGCCUUUUUAUUUGGAUGCACAUGGUUUCCCACAGAGCAGGAGGGAUGGAAGAUGGAAGAAGAGAGUUAUAGAGUAAGGGGUAAGGUUAAGGAUAAAGCCCUUAUGGCUAAGACUGAGGACAUUCUGCAUGGCAGAGAAUUGUGGUUUUUUUUUUUGUUUGUUUUUUUUGUGGUACCUGGUAGUGAGAUCAUUCUGAGGUGGGGUAUGAUGAAGUCUGUUUGACUAAGUGUUCUGAUCUGGUUAAAAGAAGACCAAACUGAGACGCUCAUCAUGCACAUUGGGCACCAUUUGUCAGUUUUACACCAUUUCGUGUAUUCUUGUUUCUUUUUCUCCAUCUGCACAUAUGGGGAACCCUGGGGGUUUAGUAAGAGGAUUGCUCUUAUCUCUUAAGAGAUGAUUGAAUAUUCUCAGACUUGUUGCUAAUCUUUCAUUUGUGUGGUACUGCUCCACGUCCCUGCAUUUACGGGGGUGAAGUCAGGGCUGGGACCCCAUGCUACUUUCUUUUCUCUGUGCCAACAGGGUACUUCAUCCAUUAAACCAAAAGUUGGGGGUGGAUACGAUUACACAACAGCCAUAGCAUAUGGUGCCAUUACAGAGAAUUAGUGCUCAUUUAUGCUCAUUAUUCUCUUCUAGAGAGGGGGACAGGUUUCCUUCUUAAUGUUUAAUGGUAAGUGAGGGCAUGAGGGUCUCUUCAUUCAUAUUUAUAUUAUUUUUUGAGCAUAUGCCAAAAGUACUAACCAAAUACCCACUGAUCUAAUCCAACACUACCUUAUUUAAUCAAUUAUCUUACCGUGAGCUGAUUAGCUUACAUCAGAUAGCUGCACUACAUCCAGCCCUUGGGUUGCUGAAUAUGCCCAACAGACACCAUGAAGUGGCAACUUCAUGUGGUGCAAGACGUCAAAUGGUGUUAGAAAUGAUGUCAGUGGUCUGCAGCGAGCCUUGGGGUGCUUAGAACCGUUUUAAUAAACCGUGUAAAAUAAUGUGGUGAUGGGUGUAAAAUGACACUAGAUAUAAUAUACCAAAUAGAAAAGAAAAGAACAUAUUAACUUAAAAGCACACGUUGGUUGACACUUUGGAAUGUUCCUCACAUUGGAAAUAUAAAUUAGAUGUCCAUGAAGGAAAGUGAGAUCGUGACAGCUUAAUGAGCAUUUUCUCCAUGCUGAUGUAAAUUUAGGUGUUUUUGGGCCACUUUAUUUUCCAUUCUAUUCUUCAGCUCAUAAUGUUUUCAUCAGUAAGGAGAGUGCUUUAGCAGAUGCUGGUAGAAAUACAUUGUUCCACAGCUUGCAUUCUUUAGUUGGAUACCACGGGGUAUUCAAAAUCAGCAGUAUUAUUGUUUGUGUUCAUAUUUUUUGUUGUAUUUGGUCAUUGACUGGCCAAAUGGAAAGAAUAAUAAAUGUAGCUUUGUUGCUUGAUGCACUUUUUGUUUUGUAGGACAGGCUUUUCCUGCACCCUCAGUAUGGACACGCUCAUGCAGGCUUAUCAUUACAGGAAAAAGACAGAGAGGAUUUGAGGAAGGAAAGAGUGAAAGUAUGGUCAGAUUUAUUUUCGUAGGUAAUGAAAGUUGGCCCUUCUAAAUAGUUGUAAAUGGCUGGUUCCAAGUCCCCUUUGGCCUGAAGCGAACAUCUACCCAUAGAGGAAAACCAGGAGGAACCUGGUUUUAACAUAGAUAUGUGGUUAAAUUCACAAAGGGGCAAGACACAAAGAACCGAUUCCGACUUUAAACACACAUUUGACUUUGGUCUGGUGACCACAUGUUGACAUGAUGACGAGGACAUAAAUAUAUAUAGAGAAUGUAGUCCUUUAAGAACUGAACGUGAAGUGUAUCAGAGAGCACCAGUCUCUUCCACUGCUUCAACGUGCAUCACUUGCUUUUGUAUCUUUUAUUUCAAGCGAAUGUUUGCCUUUCACCUUUGUUUGGUCCAAUAAUGCACUUGUUGUUUGCUAGAAUGACUCUGACUCUAAACAUGGUGCACAAGUAUGAUCCUCUGAUCGAAAAGAUUUAUAUUAUGGGUAAGAAAUUACCUGCAACAUGGAAACACACUAGUUACACAACCUUUGUAUUGGCCAUGGGAAACUCGAGUUUUUGACAGGUUGUAUAUUGUGCAGGAGUAUUUUUAAAGGUUGACCUGACGAGCUUCACCCGGAAGAUGUAUAGUUCUGAAAUAUUUUGUACACCGUUGUAGUUGUUUGAGGAAAACAAAAAAAAAAAAAAAGGAAAAAAAAAGAUGUUAAGGAAUGUUUCAUUUUCCUGUAAAUUGAAUCUAUUUAUUUGCCUUAUUUAGUUUGCUAUAUUUUGUAUGUAUACACAGCAUUACAGCAAAACAAAAAAAUGUUAUAUAAUUAUAAAUAUGAACAACUAUACUGUGGUCCUUGUAAGUCAAAUAGGUUUUUCACUCUUCUCAAGUUUGAAAAACUUUCAUUUUAUAUUUUUUGUUUGUUUUUGCUCGCCAUGCGUCCUUUUGUAGGGUAAAAUAAACCUGUUUCCCAUACAGUU